AUGCCUUUCGUCAAAGACGAUCUUGAGCCCAUAGCCAUCAUUGGCAUGGCUUGCAGAUUUCCAGGCGGAGCCAACAGCCCUGAAGAACUAUGGCAAAUGCUCGCUGAGGGGCGCUCCGGGUGGUCUGAAAUACCAGCCGACCGCUACAAAUGGACGUCCUUCUACCACCCAAGUCCCGAUGCUGAAGCAGCGCAUAACCAGACAGGCGGCGGCUACAUCGACCGCGACCUGGCGGCCUUCGACGCUGCCUUCUUCAACAUACCCGUCGCUGAAGCCAAUGGUCUUGAUCCCCAACAGAGGAUCCAUCUGGAAACAGCGUAUGAAGCCCUAGAAAGCGCUGGCCUGCCACUCGAAAGUGUGAAGGGCUCGAGAACGUCAGUCCACGUGGCCACCGUAAGCCGUGACUACGAUCGAAAUGCGUACCGAGAUCCACAGGAUCUUGCGAAGUACCAGCUUACUGGCUGUGGAGAGGCUAUCACGUCUGGACGAGUGUCGUAUACGUUCGACCUCCGGGGCCCAUGCUUCUCCCUCGAUACGGGGUGCUCAGGUAGCUUGGUCGGCCUUCAUCUCGCUAUACAGGGACUGCGCUCAAGAGAAACGGAUAUGGCUCUUGUUGGUGGAACCAAUCUGCUGCUUUCACCGGAUAUGACGAUCGCAAUGAGCAAGCUACAUAUGCUGAACGACGACGGUAAAUGCUACGCCUUUGACAGUCGCGGGAAAGGCUAUGCGCGCUCUGAGGGCGUAUCCACCAUCGUACUCAAGCGCCUCUCCGACGCAGUCAAGGCCGGAGACCCUGUCCGCGCCGUCGUGAGGAACACCGGGAUAAACCAGGACGGCAAGACCAACGGGAUCAUGCUACCUAACUCUUCGGCACAGGAGGAACUCAUGCGGUCAAUACACCUGGAUGCCGGGUUGGAGCCAAGCCUGACAGCCUAUGUCGAAGCCCAUGGCACGGGCACACAAGCCGGCGACAAAGCUGAAAUCACCUCAAUCACCAACGUCUUCUGUAAUGGCGUCGAUAGACUGCAUCCACUAUUAGUAGGGUCCGUCAAGGCGAAUUUAGGCCAUUGUGAAAGCGCCAGCGGGCUCGCCGGUCUCAUCAAGACAGUUCUGGCGCUUGAGAAGGGCCUGAUCCCAGCAACGCCAGAUGUGCUGGACUUGAAAGAAGGCCUCGAUUUAGAAAACCGUAACAUCCGGAUCCCACAGAGCCUCGAGCCCUGGCCGGCCCUGAGCGUCCGGAGGGCGGCUAUCAAUUCCUUUGGCUACGGAGGCACAAACGUUGCAGCAGUUCUGGAGAGUUACCAGCCUGUCCAGAGGGGGCACCCUGCGAAUGGAGCGAAUGGUAUCGAGACGGUGAAUGUUAUCCCGAGCCUAAUCGUCGUCUCUGCAAAAUCCUCCAAGUCUCUAUUGAGAAAUAUCGAAAAUCUACAGCAGUGGGUCUCUUCCCAGUCUCCACUGUCCCCAGACAUACUCCGAAACCUCGCAUACACCCUCUCCACGAGGCGAUCUAACUUCUCGAUCCGCACAAGCUUCCUAGCAAGCACACCCGAGGACUUCCUCGCCGUGACCAAGCGUAUCACUCCCCCUGAGCGGACGACAGGACAACCUCGUCUAACAUGGGUCUUUACGGGCCAGGGUGCCCAGUGGUAUGCCAUGGGCCGCGAGCUCCUCCACACCCAGUCGGCAUUCGCGACCUCGCUGCGAGCAUCGGAGGCCAUCUUGAAAAGCCUAGGCGCCGAGUGGAGCCUUUUCACCGAGCUUUCCCGCGACGACGCAGACAAUUCCCGCAUCAAUGAGAGCGAGAUAUCCCAGCCCGCGACGACUGCGCUCCAAAUCGCGCUGGUUGAUCUGCUGGCAAGCUUCCGCGUGCGCCCGGCGUCUGUCGUCGGGCACUCCAGCGGGGAGAUUGCAGCGGCAUAUACUGUCGGAGCGCUAACGCACGCCGCAGCGCUCACCGCGUCGUUCCAUCGCAGCAAGGUGGCGCGGCUGGUGAAACAGGUGCUCAGUAUGCCAGGAGGCAUGAUGGUAACUACCCUCAAUGAAGCGGAUGCAAAUGCCUACAUUGGGCGGAUAGGUAGCGACCGGCUGUCUCUUGCGUGCAUCAACAGCCCAAGCAGCACGACUAUCUCUGGUGACAAAAGCGCGCUCGAGGAGCUCAAGGCCAUACUACAGGGUGAAUCCAUUAUGGCGAAGAGCCUUGCCGUGGACGUGGCGUACCAUUCCCACCACAUGAAGGCUGUCGCAGGUGAGUAUCUCGCUGCGCUCCAGGGUUUGGAGAGUUCCGAAGCUUGCGACGACAUCCAGCUCUUCUCGUCCGUUACUGGCGAGCAGAAGACCUCGGGCUUUGGCCCUGAAUACUGGGUGCAGAACCUCGUGUCUACUGUGCGCUUCCCGGAUGCCCUGAUGGCGGCGUGUCGCCCCAGCGGUGGUUCAAGGGCUGUACCACGAGUCUUUGUGGAGAUCGGGCCACAUGCUGCACUCGCAGGCCCAACACGGCAGACCUUGACUCCGCAUGUGGACCAUAAGUACUACUCUGCCCUGGUGCGUGGGAAAGACGCUUACACAACCCUACUCACCCUUGCGGGUAAGCUAUUCGAAUCAGGCCUACCCAUUGACAUCAAUGCCGUAAACACCAUGUCAGACAGCAAGAUGACACACCGCACCAUCCCUAACCUGCCCCUCUACUCGUGGGACCAUUCAAACCGCUACUGGCAUGAAUCGAGGCUGAGCAAGGAAUAUCGCUUCCGCAAACACCCUUACCACGACCUGCUUGGCCUCCGCCUAGUUGGCAGCACGCCGCUAGAGCCCAUUUGGCGUAACAUUCUUAGUCUCUCUGCGCAGCCCUGGCUCUCAGAGCAUGUCAUUGAUGGAUUUGCCAUUCUGCCCGGCUCCAGUUUUCUCACCAUGGCCAUGGAAGCCGUGCGCCAGCUCAGCGAUGAGCGUGGCGCACCUCGCAUCAAGCGCUUUCACUUGCGGAAGGUGAAGUAUUCCAAAGCCAUCAUGAUACCAGAGGCCCCUGAAAAAGUUGAGGUCAUGAUCAGUCUCCAGGGCCGCGGCUCUGGUGCUGGAGUCCCGCGAGACCUGGCUGAGUGGGAGACCUUCCGUAUCACAUCGUCCGCGGACACGCAGACGUGGAAUCUCAACUGCGUGGGUGGUAUCCGCGUAGAGUACCAUUCAGACUCGAAUGAUGUCGACGGGGGCCACGCACAGCUGCAGUCGCUGUCCGAGCUGCGCGAUCAACUUCCUCGCACUAGCGCAGCAUGUACCCAGACCAUCGAGCACGAAGCGCUUUACGACGAGAUGCGCCAUAACGGCAUCGCCUACGGCACAAAUUUCGCAACCAUCAAGGAGCUACGGAUAGGCGAGUGCCAGGCGUUUGGGAAGAUCGAGAUUCCAGAUGUGGCUAAGUGCAUGCCUUCGGGGUACCUGCAGCCUCAUACGAUCCAUCCGGCUACAUUCGACGCUCUCAUGCACAUUGUACUACCGCUAUACUUCCGCCACUGCACUGUCGGCACGGCCAUGUUAACCUCGAUAGAGGAGGUUUCAGUUUCGGCUGACAUGACCACAUUUCCAGGCUCCUGCCUCCAAGUUUGCGCAUUAUUGUCCCCUUCCGGUCCACGGUCCGGCUCAGUGGACGUCACUGCCUUCGAGCACGACAACCCGGUGGUCCUCCUCCGCGGCCAGAAAUUCCAAGGCAUAGCAACCAGCCAGUCUUCCGUGCCAACGACAUGCGUCCGAGGCCCGCUCCAUAGUGUCCACAGACCCCUCAAGAUGAUUGCGACAACACCGGGGGUACCGAGCAGCCUGUGUUUCGUCGACGACGAAGCGGCCAGGGCCCCGCUCCACCCGGAUGAGAUAGAGAUCAAGGCUCUAGCAUUUGGUCUGGACGACACAUCUGUCGAGACGGUUCUUGGGAGAAGUGGCGAUGCUACCGUAAUAGGAGAGUGCGCUGGUAUUGUCACUGCCGUGGGCUCAGAUCUGACGCACUCAUACCGCAUCGGUGAGCGCGUAUGUGCUUGGAAUACCAACAUUGCUCUUGCAACUCGUACACGAGUUAAAGCGCUCUUCGCGCAGAAGAUGCCGGAGUCAUGGUCCUUCGCCAUGGCCGCGGCCCUACCGCAGAAUACGGCGCUCGCGUACCAUGCGUUGCGCAACUGUGCUCACGUCGAGGGCGGGCAAACUGUGCUCGUCCACAAUGCGGGUGGAGCCCUUGGCCAAGCGGUGGUACUAGUGGCCGGCUUGCUUGGGCUUGCGGUCAUCGCCACCGUCCAGACAAAAGCAGACAAAGAUGCUUUGGUGUCACUUAGCGCUAUACGACCAGUUCAUAUUCUCUUCUCGGGCGAUUUCGCGCUAGGGCAAGCUAUCUUGCGCUGGACGGAAGGCUCAGGCGUUGAUUCAGUCAUCAACACGUCCUCGUCGUCGCUUCCCGCGGAGGUGUUUGCUUCCGUCAAGGCCUUUGGUACAGUUGUCGAUCUGGGCAAUCAGACAUCGAUAGCCGUUGGAGAUCGCGCCAUCCGAUACAUGAGUUUCGACUCAAGACAGCUCCUUCGAUACCUUUCUGCCUCAGCGAGUUCCGCUUCAAAGGCCGUGCUGUCAUUGCUGGCGGAUGAAAAUUCCGACGGCUUGAUCCCCAUUAUCGCGGUACCCAUAACCGAUGCCGCACUGGCUUUCAAAGCGGUACAAGCUAAAAAGAACAUUGGAAAAACGGUGUUGAUUGCCGAUGAGGACGCAGUGGUUGAUGUGAAAGAAGUGGCUGCCCAAAGCGUGAGUCCUGCACACGUCAAUCGCAUCAUUCAGAUCGUCAGCGGUCUCUCUCUGCCUGAAGCCCAAAAAGCUGAGUUGAUUGCAUCCAUAAGAGACGCAGCAGCCAUGGGGUCUGAUGCACCCAUAGAUCACAGCAAUGGCGCCUCCCCGCCCGCCAUCAAUGGCAGUGUGGACAUAGAACGACGCCUCGCUACUGCCAGCAGUCUCGAAGAGGCACGCACAAUCAUUCUCACGGAGCAAACCAAAAAACUUUCGUCUCUCGUAUCGGUCAAUGAGCAGCAGCUCGAUCCUUACCAGCCGCUCGCAGAUCUUGGCCUCGACUCUCUGAUCGCGAUAGAAUUCAAGGACUGGCUGGGACGCAGCUUGGGGGCCGAUAUCAGAGUCCAUGAUAUUCUCGAUGCCGACGGCCUAAUAGCACUGGCCGACCUAGUAGCUCAGAAGUCCAGGUUCAUCGCCAGUGACCUGCCUGAAGAACCGAUCCAGGCCUCGCCGGCGGCACACUCUGAAAAACAGUCUACCUCUGUUGCAGAACGCCAGACGUCCAAAUCCCAGGGAUCUGAUGCGCCUAGCGCAGUUAUAGGAGCGGUGAACGGUAAUCAUGCGGCGAAUGGCCAAACGAAGGGAUCCCGAGGUGUGCUCACAGCCUUUAAGGAAAACGGCGUCGCCAAUGGCACUACCGUCUCAGACUCCCCUGACCCACCAAAACGCGGCUAUUACUUUUCUCCAAACGCAUGUCCAAAAUUCCCCUUACCUCCACUAGAUUCUCUUAUGGAUGCCUAUCUCACAGGCGUGAAAGCCUUCACCACUCCAACCGAAUUCGCCAACACCCUCCGCCUCACAGAAGACUUUCAAACAAAGGGUAGCAAAGGUCGCCUUCUCUAUGACCGCGCAGCAGCAAGGCACGCAGACCCAGUCUGUGAGAACUGGGAGCACGAGCUCCAGCUCCGGCGGGGCUUCUUGGACCGCCGGAUCGCGCUCGUUCCGACGACGAGCUUCUGGUUCAGCCACCCUAUUAGCAAGCGCGCGCACUCGCAGGCGGAGCGUGCGGCACUGCUCGCAUUUACAGCGAACCAGUUCAGGCUGAAGCUUGAAGCAGGGCUGGUGAAACCAGUAGUGUUGAACGAGCGGGAGCUGACUACCGCGUAUCAUCCGUACAUCUUCAAUACGGUCCGCUUGCCGCAGGCUGGGAGUGACGAGAUGGAGCGGUACCCGGGGAUCGAUCAUUGCGUGGUGAUCUGGCGAGGCCACAGCUUCAAGCUAGAUCUCGUAGUGGGCGGACAGCCUGCGACGUUCGAGCAGCUGUUGGGGGCUUUCGAAUCCAUACUGAGUCGCGAACUGGACCGCGCACAGGUGAACAUAUUUACGUCUGACAACCGGCCUACAUGGGCAGAGGCGAGGCAGGUGCUGGUGCAAUUGAGUGCUGGAAACGCUACUACCGUCGCCGCUAUCGAGUCCUCUGCUUUCAUUGUCGCUUUGGACGAAGCUGCCCCCCAAACCGCUAACGAGCGAGCCAGACAGUUCCACUUUGGGGGUGAGAGAGAUGCGGCCAACCGCUGGCACGAUAAAUCUCUGCAGUUUGUCGUCUGUAGCAAUGGUGUCUCUGGCAUGAUCGGCGAGCACUCUAUGCUGGAUGCUCUCACCAUCACCGAACUAUUGGAUGCACAAGUCACAGCUAUCCACAAGUACAACCCACGGGCCGCCAGUGCAGGGCAGUCAGGCGUCACACCUGUGCAUCUAACCCUCAAGACGUCCACGGCGCUAGACACACGCAUUUCCUGCAUCAGGAAGGAAUUCGCGGCAACAAUCGCUGGCGCCGGCCACGAAUAUCUGCUCUUUGACGGGUACGGCUCCAGCCUCUUACGCGCGCAGAAGCUGUCUCCGAAGAGCGUUUUUCAGAUGGUCGUCCAAAUUGCCUCGCUCGCGACGUUUGGCUUCCUCCCGCCCUGCUGGGAGACAGUCAACCAGGCGCACUACCAUCUCGGCCGCGUCGACAUUAUCCAGGUCGUCGUCCCAGCGGUCGCCGCCUUCGUGCACGCUGCCCAAGAUGAAUCAAUCCCACUAUCGCAGCGCCGCGCCCUCUUGGUCGAUGCUACCCGUGCGCACGUCAAUCUGGUGAACAAGGCCAGCCGAAACCUGGGCUGGGAGCGCAAUUUGACUGCCCUUCGCGCACUGGCCGAGCCGAACGAGCUGCCGGAGCUGUACAAGGAUCCCGUUCAUGAUAGGGUGAGGCCACGUCUGAUGCAGAGCCAUUGCUUCGAGACGGGCAUGAUGGAGAAAGGAUGUAUCUCCAAGCAUCCCGACGCGAUAUGGUCACACUACGAGGUCUACGAUGGAACCGUGUACUUUUCGGCUGUGGGAUUUGACGCGCAGCGCGUGCGUCGGUUCUGUGGAAGCCUUAAAGAGGCGGCGGUGCUGAUGAAGAAGAUUGUUUUGGCGUAGCUUGUAUGUGAUCAGUGGCACGGGAUCCAU